CACGUGCCCUGCUGCGGCCUGAUCAUGUGACUCCAGUUGCUAAAAAUGAAAGCUUUAUGUAGCUGGAUGAGAUUUGUGGCGCUUGUUUUGAUCCUUAAUUUAUUUUUCCAAGCAAGUUAUCAGCUGACCGAGCUGCAGGUAUGUAACCUGUGUGGCGGGACCAUCCUAAACAGCUCUGAGGUCGGUCACUUUUGCUUCUUAUCCGCUGGACGGAUAGACGGGCGUUGCUGUUUGAGAAAUGACACCACAAACGACCCUGAACACAUCAUCGGGUUGGAUCUGUCCAACUGUUCACUAACUUGUGUGCAGGAUCUUCAGGGAGCAUCAACAGCUUUCAUGAUAGACCUCUCGUUCAAUCCCCUUGUCAACAUCAGUGAUACAGCUUUUCAAGGAUUUAAUAAGUUAAACUACAUGAUUUUACCACAAAAUAUAGAUUGUCCGGGAAGCAACACAUCUUGGGAAAAGGUUAAAAUCAAAGAGGGAAAUCGCCAUUGUGAAGGCCAAAGGAAUAUAUGCAACGAGACUGGACAACUGUCAAUGAACUGUCCAGAGAACUCCCUCUGUGCCCCCUUCGGCCCAGGCUUCUUUGAGUGCAGCUGCGCUGAAAACUUCCGUGGAUACAAGUGUCUUCGAGAGGGGGAGUUCCCAGCUCUGCAAGUCUUUGGACCUCUUGCAGCUUCUACAGUUGUGAUCUCGGUUCUUCUGUGGGCCACCCAGAGACGUAAAGCCAAAUCACUCUAAAGCUGAACCUUAGUCAGCUGGUUUUAAUCUCAAACUGACUGUUCUUAAAGGGAAGAUACUGAUAGGGGAAAAUGCUGACAAAGUCUGAGGGGACUUUUACAGGGCUUCUUUUAAAUGUGUUUUUAUUCAUUUUACACCUUUUUGAGGUCGGUUGUAUUUUUUGUUUCAAGGAAAUUUACACGUUUGACCUCAAAGAUGUUUCAGUGCAAUUUUAAAGAAAAGAUUUGCUCCGCCUUUCAAAUAUUUUUGUCAGGAAUGACCACUAUUAGCACAUCAAUCAUAUUUGUAAAUGUAUUUGACUGACACCAUGUGAUAGAAGGGAAAACACUGUGUUUUACAAAAUCCUUCAGAAACUAUGUGCACUUACACAAACACUGUCUUCAGUCCUAAAACCUGUCUGGGCAGACGUGCUGAAUUUCCACUUUACUGACAGCAAAGACUAAGUUUGUUUUGAUAUAAAUUUUAACAGUAAUAAUUAAGGGUGCAAGCUUAUUUGACAUCUUUAAAAAUUAUUUUAAUAGUCCAAUAGGUUAAAUUCUUUUUUUUUUUCUAUGCAGUUGAGCGACACAAAAUCCUUUCUUUUGCAACAAACCUCUUUUUGAAGUGUGAUGUUUUUAUUUACAUCUUUAAUUUCAAUUUCAGACAAAACACAAAAUGUGGAAGAUACUUGUCUGUUACAGCCACAUUUUGUUUAUAGGCCACAUGUGCUAAAUGUCUUGAGAUUCAAGGGUAACCUCCUUUGAUACUCUUCUCCAGUGAGAUUCAGGGUUCUACUGAAGACUUUAAAACAGGAUAUCUGUUUCUAUGCUUCGAGUAUCAUGUUUACAUUAUGCAUAUACAGGAUUUAAUUGUACAUUAACUGAUUUUCUAGCUGUUAAAAUGUUGUGUUCUCCCAUUGGGAAAAUUCAGUGUUGAAGGGCAGCUCUAGUUGCUCUAUGUUCAAUACAUUGCUUCUGGCUAAAUAAGUUGUCUGAAUGUUAAUGCACUGACUAAAUAUUGCAACUAAUAAAUAAUUCUUGUAAGGAGAGAGUGCAUCUACAGCAUGCAGAAUAUUUCUCCUGGUUUUAACUGAACUUGGUGACGAUAUAUGAGCAGUGAGAACAUAAACUAGCUGCUUUACCAAAAACUGUAGUACCUGGCUAAUGUCUUACUUUUCUUUUGUCAGUAAACCUAACUUUAUGGGAGCCAUAACAUUUAUCUGAUGCUUCAACUCCAACUGUAAUUAGGAAAAAUUUCUGUCUUGUUUCAAAUUGCAUGCCAUGGUUAAUAACUAGUGUUGUGACGCUCAGUGGGAUUGUAUUGACAAUUAAAUGUUCUGUUUCUAAUAAACAGUGGGUCUUAUAA